UUGAAUCAAUAUCAAAUUACUAAAUGUCCAAUUACUACUGAAAAAAAGAAAAAUUAUGGUAGAUUGGUCAAGGGGUUAAAACACAAGCUUCAUUCAACUAUAGUAUAGUUCUUCAAAAAACAGAUAAAUCUAAAGUUUUUCAUUUAGGUAAAUUACAAGAUUAUCACAAAAAAUCUGAUGAAUAUAUGGAAAAAACUUAAGCAUAUAAAUGUUUACACCAGAAUGAUCCAUUACCAAGUUUAAUUGACCGGACAAAUAAAUAUUUACUAAAUUUAAGAUUAAGUAAUUGGAUUACACAAAAACAAUAUGAACAGUUAAGCAUUAAAUCAAAUGAAGUGGAAUUAACUCAUCUUUAUUAUCUACCAAAAGCUCAAAAACCUGGUACUCCACUUCAUCCAAUUAUUUCUGGUCUAAAACAUCCAACUAAAAAAAUAUCAAAAUUUCUCGACGAAUUACUUCGACCAUUAUUUAAUAAAAUGGCAUCAAAUACAACUGUUACUUGUGGUACUGAAGUUAUUAAACAAUUGCAUGAAUGGUCAAAACGAGACAUACGUCAAGAAACCUUAAUAUGUACAAUGGAUGUUAUGGAUCUUUAUACGAUGAUAUCCCAAACAGAAGGUAUAAUGUCAAUUAAAAAACUAUUAGAUUAUUUUAAAAUAAAAAAAAUUGGUAAUAUAAAAGCUGAAGCAAUAAUUAGAUUAUGUCGAUUUGUAAUACAAAAUAAUUAUUUUUCUUACAAUGGUAAAUAUUUUCAUCAAGUACGUGGUGGUGCUAUGGGUUCUCCAUUAACAUUAACAAUUGCUAAUUGCUAUAUGUACUUUUAUGAACGAGAUAUUGUUAAACAAGUGAACAAUAGCAAUGGACUCUACUUACGAUAUAUUGAUGAUAUUUUCAUAAUUAUUAAUUGGCCGAUUCAACAUCUUUCUAAACAAAUUAAUCGAUGGAAUGAAUUAGACUUGAAUAUAAAAUUAAAAGCUCAAGUUGAUCAUUCAACAAAUUUUCUUGACUUAUACAUAGAAAAUAAAAAUGGUGAAUUAUUUACAAAAGUUUAUCACAAACCAUCGUAUGAACCAUAUUAUUUACCAUUUAAUAGUGUUCAUCCAAUACAUAUGAAACUGAAUAUUUCAUAUGCUAUGUUAAUUCGUGCGAUUAAAUAUUGUUCAACGUUUGAAACAUAUUUAAAUGAACGUGAAAAAUUAAGAAUGACUUUAUUAUUAAAUAAAUAUCCUGGUGAAUUUAUAGAGAAGCAAAUCCGUCGGAUAAAAAAGAAAAAAUUCCAAUUGAUUAUGGCAAAACAAUGUUCAUUCAUUUUACAUACUGUUUAA